AAUAUGAAGCGGCAGCCAUUAAUUUCGGCUGGGUGCUGAGUGAAGACAUUCGGGGAAAAUUGUAUUUUUUUGGCGUGGCAUCGCCACGCAAGCCUUGGUUACUACAUCCCAAAGUAAAUUACUCUUGGGUGGAUAACUCCCCCAAGAGUUGUACUUGUAUUCGCCCGUCAAGCACUGAUAUUAGUCAGUCAUCGUUCGAAGAGCAUUGCUCAUCCUUUUUUAUACCGAUCGUCGCAAAUAUGGCUUGCUAAAAUGAAGCUAACUCAGAGAGGAAACGACGCGCCUGCAUGCGUGUGCAACGCUUCAUUCUAUCUUCUGUUCAUUGAUGCCAAUAGAAGACUCAAACAUGGAGAAAAAGAAUGUCAGCAAAGCAUCUGUGCUGACAAAAUGUAAUCCUGAUCCGAAAUCUAAGCAGAGUCUGGAAUACAAUGGCAAUGGUCGAGGCGGCGGCUGUCGAGGCGGUCGGCGUCCGGCGGGUUUCGGAGGAGGAGCGGCGGGCGGCGCGGCGGUCGGACGGAGGCCGCAGCCGCAGCGCUCCCGACAGGUGGCCGACAAGCGGCCGCGGGAGCGCGCCCAGCCCGCUGCGGGCGCUGAAUACGGUCAUCGAGAACAGGUAGCUGACGCCCGGGAGUCCAAUUCUGCGAUCAACCGAGGCAGCAAGAAAGGCUUCCAGGACGUCAGCUACUUGGUCAACUUCCGUUGUGAGUCUGCGCGCGACGCGCACGCGGAGCGGUACUCCGGCUCCCAGUGGCACCAGCAGCGCUACGGGGGCUACCAGCACCACGAGCCGCGCCCGCAAUGGGCCGCCAGCCGCGUGUUCCGACCCAAACACGUCAAGGAACAGUACCUGCAGGCCAGGUGUCAGCUGGUGGUGCGCGACGACGGCGACUACGCGGCCUGUUUGGGUGACGCUGACCGGCUGGUCGACUGGACAAUCGUCGAGCAGGUCUGGCUGCAGGAGGACGAGCCGACCACGUGUCCGAUCUGUCUGUACCCGCCGGUGGCGGCGCGCGUCACCCGCUGCGGCCACACCUACUGCUGUGCCUGCCUCCUGCACUACCUGGCGCUCAGCGACCAGGCCGCCCGCAAGUGUCCCAUCUGCGAGGAGACGGUGCACCCGGACCAGGUGCGCCGGUGCCGGCUGGUGCCGCGCCCGCCGGCCCGGCUCGGAGACACGGUGGCGUUCCGGCUGAUGCGUCGCCAGCCCGGCUCGCUGCUCGGCCAGCCGGUACAGGACGGAGAGCCCUGGGAGGAGCUGGUCACGCUCGGAGACGACGAGGAGCGACAGAGACUGGCCAGAAUCAUACUGGCCACGCCCAAACAGGUGGCGUCUGAGAUCCUGGCGCCGGAGCGGGCGGCGCUGGAGCUGCAGCUGGCGGAGCUGGCCGACGAGCCGGAGGCGUGCUUCGUGCAGCAGGCUCUCACUCAGCUGGAGGAGCAGGAGGCGGCCGUGGCUGAGCGCGCGCUGGCCGCGCUGGCCAAGCCGCAGCGGCCCGACCCGGCCACGGCGGCCGAGCAGGCCACGCCGCUGCCGACGGCCGCCGCCGACAGCGCCAUCGUCUACCGCUCGGCCUUCGACGAGCAGACGGUGGAGCAGGCGGCCGAGGAGGCGGCGGCCGAGCUGGCCACCGGCGCCCGGCAGCGCUCCCUCAGCGAGACCUCCUGCACCGAGAUCACCGCCGCCGACCUGGAGGUGCCGGCGGCCGCGCCCGGGCCGGCGGCCGCGCCGCGACGCGACGACCACGAGCAGCCGCUCUACUACUACCAGGCGGAGGGCGGCGAGCACGUGUACCUGCACGCGCUCAACUGCCGCAUGCUGCUGCAGGAGCACGGCGCCUGGGAGCGCUGCCCGCGCCGCCUGGCCGCCCAGCUGAUCGACGUGGACGCGGUGACGAUGACAGCGCCGCUGCGCCAGCGCCUCCGCUCCCUGCGCCACCUGCCGCUGGCCACUCCCCUGCAGGUGGUCGAGGUGCGACUCCGACCGCCGGACGUCUCCACAGAAACGGUGGCGCUCUUCAAAGAUCAGAUCAAAAAGCGUGAGCAGCGUCGGAAGGACAAGCAGCGCCGUGAGCGGCAGCACGAGCGGCGCCUCCGCCAGCAGGGGAGUCGCCGCGCGCCUCCCAUCGAGGCUGUGUACGACGCGGCGUUCCCGUCUACCGCUGCCGAGCUGCCGCCGCGGCCGCCCACCCCGCCGCUGCUCCAGUCGGCCGUCACCCCGCUACAGUCGCCGACCGAGGCCGCCCAGCUGGGCUCGUCUCCGUCCUUCGCGCAGCUGCUGCGGGCGGCCGGUGCCGGCGGCGGGCCGGCGGUGGCCUGGCCGAGCGCGGUCCGCCCGCCGCCGGCCCCCGCUCCGGCUCCGGCCGCGGCCCGGGAGGAUGAGCCGAAUGCUGUGCCGAGCUACAGCGACAGCUGGUCGGCUGACCUGGCCGCCGCCCUGGAGCGGGCCACGCAGGACCGCGCCGCCGCCAACGCCGGCUCCGACGCCGCCGGCGCCGAGGGCCGCUCGACCAAGGGCAAGAAGGGUAAGAAGGGCCGAGGCACGGUGCUGCUCUCUGGAGGCCUAACCUUCUGAAGGAGCUCGGAUGCCUCCCUGGGUCUCACCACCGACCGGGCGAAGAGAUAUACCCAGCCGCUGACCGUCUAACGGCCCAGUCUCUGUUCUGUUAAACUCACCCAGCCGGUUGCAGGAGCCACUCGCUGCCCGUUAUCCCGGCUAGUUUGGUUGCUGCGACUGGCUGUGGCCGCUGUCUGGUUUAGUCACGCUGUCUGGCAGUGCCCGGCCCGCCCGAUGUCUGGUUUGGUUUGCUAACAGUGACAGGCCGGUGUCUGGUUUGGUUUCGCCGGCCCGCCCCAGCUGACGCCGAGCAGGUGCCGUGUGUGAGGGGCGCGGCCGGCGGCUGGUCAAUAAUACACGGUACCCAGCAGUCUUACCGG